AUUUGACAAAUAAAGUUUUCCACCAAAAAGAUAUUUAAAUGUUAAUGUGAAUAUAAAAUAAUUUACAUGAUUAAAUAAUGUGUACAAGUUGUUUCAACAUGGAAUAUUUAUUUUAAAGAAAACAAAACAAAUAGAAAAAUUAUUUUUGUGUUAAUUUCAACAAAACACCCUAAAAUAGAACAAAAAAUAAAAAAUACACAAUAAGAAAAACCACCACCCAAAAAUAAUGAAAAUAACGUGCGAAUAAAACUGUCAAAAAAUACGGAAUUAAAGUAUGAAAAAAAGGCGGAAUGGCAUUACAAGGUUGGCGACUUUGCGGCGUAACUGUAACAAUUGUUAUUUACAUUGGAGGAGUACUAUUUCUAUCCAUGAAUAAUGUUCCUGGCUCACACCCAAGACGUAUGCGAAUUGAACGUUUCGCAGAGUUUCCUAACUAUCAUAAUCAAAAGGUAUCUGCCAUUAAUCAAAAGAUGACAAUUAGAUGGUGUAGAGAACUAAAAUAUUUGCAAACAGAGCUUCCAGUAGAUACUGCAGAUGCAGCUUCCGAAUUUAAAACUCCAAAUAUUAGCGAUAAUGAAGAAAACAUUAAGACUGGAUUGACUGCGUUAGCAUCAUUUCCUGGAAGUGGGAAUACUUGGUUACGAUACUUAUUGCAGCAAUCUACAGGAAUAUUGACUGGAAGCAUAUACAAGGAUUAUGGUCUACUUAAAACUGGGUUUCCAGGGGAAAAUAUCUGCAACAGUUCUGUGUUAUUAGUUAAAACUCAUGAGUGGGGCCCAAAAGCAUGGGCGCCUUUCUCAAAAGCCAUUUUAUUAGUUAGAGAUCCGGAAAAGGCAAUAAUUGCUGAAUUUAAUCGCCAAAGUGGUGGUCAUGUAGGUUUCGCUUCUCCAGAUCGUUACAAGCGAACAAAAGGGAAAUAUUGGCAACAAUUUGUAACAAAUAAAUUAAGGGGUUGGGAGCUAAUGAAUCUCAACUGGGCUCGUAAUUUUACCGGAAAUGUUAAAAUUGUGUUCUAUGACGAUUUAGUCAACAAUCUUGAACCAGUAUUAAGAAGCAUUUUAGAAUUUCUUCAAUUUCCAAUCGAAGAAGAUCUAUUAAAUUGUGCCCUGUUACGAAAAGAGGGUAUAUUUAGAAGGAAAAAACGCAUUUUAUCAUUUGACCCAUAUACGCCAGCUAUGAGAGCUAAAUUGGAAGAAAAAAAGCAAUACGUCUACAACAUCCUGGGGCGUUUACAAUAAAUACUCGGUCAAGUAUCUUCUAACAUUAUAAAAAUAUAAAUAAGUAAAAGAUAAUUAUAACGACUAAAUGUACUUAAUUGAAUGAAAUGAGCACAAUAUCCAUUCGCUUUGGCUAUUUUAUUUACACAACUUUACUAUCGAAUAGUACUUCGAAUAUACAAAUAAAUUACAUUCAUACGUAGUAUAAUUAAAAAUUAGCUAAUAAAAUAUAAACAAAACAUAUAUAACACAAUUUUUAUAGUGAAUAAGUAUUACAAAUAUUUGUAAAACACGACUACAUAAAUAAACGAAAACACCUACACACAUACAUACUUCUAUAUACAAUCAUACGAAAGUAUUUAUAUAUUCAUGUAAAUAUCUUCAUAGAAAUUGUUUUAACUGUUAUGAUUUUGUUUUCUUUAAAAAAAAAAAAACAUAAAUAAUUAUAAUUUAUACACUCGAAAAAAAGUAUUACUACAAUAACAGUGUUACAAGUUUACAAGUCAAUAAAUGUAUGUAGGCAACAAUGAUAAUUAUGUUCAAAAAUUAUUUAAAUAUUUAAUUUUAAACAAAAACAUACAAUAAAUAUUUUUAUGAGUUAACUAA